AUGUAUCAACUGCGCAAGCCAGCAGUCGUAACUCUAUUUAAAAAAAAGGGGCGUCCACUCAAACCUGGAUUUUCAUCUCUACAUCUCACACAUUUUCUUCUCUUCUUCCCUCUCACGCUUUUUACCUCGCUUCUACCCUCUCACGCUUUUCUCCUCUUUUAUGCACUCUUAGGGUUUUUCCUUCCUUCUGCCCUCUCAUGCUUUUUUCAUCUCCUCUGCUCUCUCAUGCUUUUUUCCUCUCCUCUGCCCUCUCAAGUUCUUUUCCUCUCCACUGACCUGUCACGCUUUUUUCCCUCUCUUCUUCUCUCUCACGUUUUCUCCUCCCCUCUGCUCUCUCACGCUUUUUUCUUCUCUUUUGCCAUUUCACGCCUUUUUCUUCUCUUCUGCCCUCUCACGUCCUUUUCUUCUCCUCUGCCCUCCCUUUCGCCAUCUGCAUCUCUUUUCCAUCAUUUUAUAAAAUCACACGAGUUCACAGUAUGUCAAAUACUGAAACAUAUGUUUUUUUGA